AAAUAUUCCUUUAUGACAAUGUAAGUGGAGCAUAAAAGCAAUUUGACAGUAGCUACAAAAUAGUAUUGAGAUUUCAUUGAGCUGUGUAAUUGUGGGCACAUAAUAUAAAAUGGACAGACAGUGCAAUAGCUUUAAGUCUUAUUAUUGACUCAAAACCCUCAACUUUUACAAAGCUAGUUUAGACCAUAAUCUUAGUGGAUGCUUAAUGCUUACAAGAUCUUCUGAAUAUUGGAGGAAAAUCUACCAGAUAAUAUUAUUCUAAGGAGAUAGCUAGAUGCCAAAAGUUCUUGAAUAGUUUCAGUCCUUCUGUGGGACAUACAAAAUGUUACUUCUUGGAAUUAUUGAGCUGCCAUUAUGGCUUCUGUUUAUUGUGACAAUUGUGUUUCUGUUUUAUAUUUAUACAUCCAGGAAACAUAGCAUAUUUGCGCGAUACCGAUUACCUUUUGUUGAACCAUCGCCAUUUUUUGGAUGUUUCAAGCAUCUUGCCCAAAAGGGUGUCAUGCAAAGUGAAUAUGACGCGACGCUGAAGUAUGGAAAAGUUGUGGGAUUCUUUCUAGGUAAUCUCCCAACAAUAUUCGUUACUGAUCCAGAAAUUAUUAGAGAACUUUUCGUAAAGAGAUACAAUGAGUUUCAUUCUCGGUCACAAGCUGCUGGAGUUACAAAAUACUGGGAAAAGACAAUUUUGAUGGCUUCCCGGCUUGAAUACUGGAAGUUCUUGAGAACAACUAUGACUCCUUCAUUCACGAGCGGAAAACUUAGAAGAAUGGAAGAUAUUAUCAUCGGAGGAAUUGAUCGAACAUUAAAGGGCAUUACAAUCAAAUUAGGCCCAGAGAAAGAGGCUGUUUUUGACAUGUUUCCAGUCUACAGGGAUUUAACAUUAGAGAUUAUCUGUCAAGCAGCACUAGGGGUAGAAAUCAACGGGAAUAAUUCUGUAGAUGAAUUAAAACAGCAGGUCACAAAAAUGUUGAGCUACAGCUUGGAAAAGAAUCCGAUGUUAACAAUGCUGUUCCUGAUCCCGGAUCUGAAGCAUGUGUACAAUUUCUUUGAUAUUGACUACAACGACACCAAAGCCAUUGCGUAUGUUUCAGACGCUCUUAAGCAAGUGAUUCAGGACAGAAAAUUAGACAAGGGGUGUAAAAAGCAAGAUCUCUUGCAGCUUAUGAUCAACACCCAACAGGAGAACUCUAAAUCGAACGCAAAAACUGAGGAAACAGACGAAACUGAAGAGACUGAGAAACUCAAAACGGAUGAUAAACUAAGUCGGGGCAUGACUGAUGAUGAAAUCAUUGCCAAUGCCAUAUUGUUCCUCUUUGCUGGAAAUGAUACCACAUCAACAGCCUUGGUUUUUACAACAUACUUCUUAGCAGUGCAUCAAGACCUUCAGGAUGAACUCGUGCAAGAGAUAAAUGAAAAGGUUGGAACUACUGAAGUCUCAUAUGAUAUCAUCCAAACACUGACAAAUUUGGACAUGUUUGUUUCGGAAUCCAUGCGCUUAUACCCACCCGUUACAAGAAUCAAUCGUCAAAUCACAAAAGAAGUGAAAGUGAGUGAUUUUACUCUGCCGCGAAAUAUAUCUCUCACUGUUCCUGUUUAUACGAUACACAGACUCGCAGAAUAUUGGCCAGAACCCGAGAAAUUUGACCCAAACAGAUUCUCUGCAGAAAACAAAUCAAAUAUCCAACCAUACACCUACUUGCCCUUCGGGACUGGUCCAAAAAGCUGUCUCGGGAUGCGUUUUGCCAACAUGGAACUCAAAAUGACUAUUGUAAAAUUGUUGCAAAACUUCAAGAUAAAACCAUCGCCAGACUUACAAAUUCCACCAAAGCUGGAGAAGAAUAUCUUUUGCAGGCCAAUUGGCGGGAUGAAGCUGACUUUAGAGAAAAGAUCAUCUUAAGAACUGAUGCCAAAAUACAGUAUAAAUGCAUUUUGUUUUAUAUUGGAUUUAAAAACUCACUACAUAAUAAGGUUGAAGUCCUGGGGCCGCAUUCAAUAAGCAACUAAAGCAAGAUUGAACUUAAGUUAAAGAUUAGAGACUAAAAGUUUUGAUUGGCCUAUAUAUUUAGCUGACUAAUAAGCUGAAUGGAAUCACUGAGGCAUGUCAAGAAUAAGGAUAAGAUUAAUAUUAAAUACUGGCCCUGACUAUAUUCUGGAUUCAUCAAUGUCAUCUUGCAUUGUGUAUAUACAUAUUAUUACAUUGUAUAAUAAUGUUGCCUUUAUCAUGUAUUUUAUUGUUAUGUGCUUAUAAUUCUUCUUCACUAAAUGCAAUAUAUUUUAGAUUAUUAUUAACCAUUUUUUAUUAAAUCAUAAUUAUUUUUUACACUGAUGUAAGAAUACCUAAAAAAAAUGUGUUAUAAAAUGAAACUGAAAGAUUCAAACUAAUUGUCUUAAUAAGUUCUCAAUAACAUCCAAACACAAAAAACUGUUGUUUAUUUUCAAUUACGUAGGUUGUGAUAACAUCUCUGAAUUUAUCUUGGUUAGGGAACUAAAUAUUCAUGGAGGGCAGCCAAAAAAAGAAUUUUAAUCUAAUUUCAAUUUCAUUUUUAUAAUGUGACAAAAAAUUGCAUACUUUUAUUAUUACAUUAGCUUCAGCAUUUUGGUUCCAGUUGAAUUUUAAUUCUUCUUCUUUUUAUAACAUUUCUCUUUUGACUUCAAAAUAAAAUAAAAAUGCAAUUUGUUAUUAUUUAAGUCAAAUCUUUAUUGGUCACAAAUUAGUAUCAUUUUGCAUCCUUUUUAAAUUGUACAUUAUUUUAAUCAACAUCAUGUGCUAGGGCAAAGCAAACCACAAAAAUAUGACAAUGGGCUGAUUCAGAACUUUGUUUAAGCUGCUAUCUCACAGAUUGAACGUUUUGACAACUUUUUUUUUUUUGAAACAAGCCAUUUUUUGCAAAAAUCCAUGGAAACCAGUUAUGUAAGAAUGCUGACAAAAAAAAUGAUCGCAGAUUUUUAUAUUUCAGUUCGAAAAUUGAUGUUUUAUGCAUUUUUCUUAAACCGUUAGGUUUUUUAAUUGGUUUGAGAUAUUUACGCAAAAAUUGAUCUUUCCAAGACAAAAAUUAAAGAAGUUGUAAAAAUGGUAAAUCUGUAAGAGUGCAGCUUUAAAGUUAACAACGUGAUUAAGGACAUUGUUUUUUUCAAAUUUUAAACAAGAACUGUAUAAUGACUUGCAUACGUUACAAGUUAAAUAAACAAGUAGAAGUGAAA